AUGGCACUCUGUUUCAUGGCUACUUCUCACCUGCAGCAACCGAUUGCAUCUGCUUCUCCUACUCCUCAAGACAAAGGAAGAGCAUGUAGAUACGUGGGUCAAGCAGUGAGAGCUCUGCCCAUACGUGUGAUAACAGUUGGGAAAAAGAGAUCACAAGGUGUUCGACUCUUGGUCGAUGAAUACAAAACCAAACUCAAACCUUAUUGCUCCUUUGAAGAUUCGCUGGUUCGCUCCAAUCCUCGGAAUUCUCAGGAUGUUAGAGCUCAAGUUGAGGAUGAAGAGGUGGCUAUGAUGAAACUUAUUGCUUCUGAUGAUUGGGUUGUGGUGCUUGACGAGAGAGGCCGUGACGUUGAUUCAGAGCAGAUGGCUGAUUUACUAGGUGAUGCAGGAAAUAGUGGAGCUUCGAGGAUAUCGUUUUGUAUAGGUGGAGCUUAUGGACAUGGAAGACAAGUAAAAAAGCGAGCUAAUGUGACCAUCAGACUUUCCUCCAUGGUUCUUAAUCAUCAGAUAGCUCUCUUGGUAUUGAUGGAACAGCUUUACAGGUCAUGGACUAUACUCAAGGGACAAAAUUACCAUCACUGA